CUUCUGGGCGAGACAAGGAGGCGGAUAUGGCGUCAUGACGUUCUGCGUCUGACCGGUGCCGGUAGGAGGAGAAGAAGAGAGACAGAAGGCGGCGCGUGGCGGGCUGAGUUUGACGGAGGAGAAACGCAGCAAAGAAAGGAGGGCGACGUUCCUGGCGUUCAGAGUCCAUGGAGUCGGAGGCGGGUGGCUCCGCCCCCUCGGGCGCCGUGGCGUCCUCCCUUCGGGAGCGGACGAUCGCAGAGAACAGCAUGGUGAUUCUGCUGCAGGGUCUGCAGGGGCAGGAGACCACCGUGGACCUGAGGAACGAGUGCGCGGCCCGGGGACGCGUGGUCAGCGUGGACGCCUUCAUGAACAUCCGUCUGGAGGACGUCCUGUACCGGGACCGGCGAGGACAGAGCACCCGGCUGCAGGAUCUGUUCGUCACGGGCAGGAACGUGCGUUACGUGCACAUCCCCGACCACGUGGACAUUAUGAAGACCAUGCAGAACCAGCUGGCUCAGAUCCACAGAGUCCGGAACUUUGCCGGCGGGAAGAAAGAGUUCUCCAAGAAGAACUAAUGACCCGUUUGACUGAAUCGGACGUUUCAAACCCUGGUUCUGGUUUCCAGAAUAAUCGGACUGAAGCUUUGGACCAAGAUCUGGUUUCUGUUCUCAUUAGAACCCAGACGGAUUUUCACUGUGAAUAAAAGGACUGAAGGGUCCAAACCAACGAGGUCCGCUUUGUGGUUCUUCUGCUUUUCCUUCCUGUGACCCAGAUGUUCCUGAAACCUUCAUUCAAAUGAUCUAUUAUCUGUUAAAGGAAAAGUUCAGUCAGCGAAGAAUCAAUGGAUCAUUAUUUAUACCUAAAACUGAUACGAUUGCAGAGAUUUAAUGAAUUUAGUGUU